UUACGUCAGAGCUUGGAGCUUCACCCCGCAGUCGUCACUUUCGGUCGGCAUUCGGACGAGUGCAAGUGAACGAGGGGUCCUCGACUUCUUGAUCUACCAGGGCAUUGCACUGUUGCACCUUCCUUGAAUUGUACAUACCAAAGCUCGAUCUUCACAUAACACAUCAACCAUGGCCGCUGCCUGUAUCUUCUGCAAGAUCAUCAAGGGCGAGAUCCCUUCGAUGAAGCUCUUCGAGAGCGAAAAGGUCUUUGCCUUCCUCGACAUCAACCCUCUCAGUUACGGCCACGCUCUCGUCAUCCCCAAGUACCACGGCGCAAAACUCCACGACAUUCCCGACGACCAACUCACCGAGAUCCUUCCUGUCGCAAAGAAGAUCGCUCAAGCAAUUGGAGCCGGCGACUACAACAUUCUGCAAAACAAUGGACGCAUCGCACAUCAAGUUGUGGAUCACGUUCACUUCCACAUGAUCCCCAAGCCGAAUGAGCAGGAGGGUCUCGGCAUCAAAUGGCCUCAGCAGCAAGGUAACCAGGAAAAGCUCAAGAAGCUUAGAGAGGAGAUCAUGUCGAAGAUGUAGAGAGAGGAUAGGGAAGAACACUGGGACGAAACACGAUUGGAGAGAUGAACCAACUUGGAACGAAUGACGAUAGUGCUCGGCUCAUGACUAUAG